AUGGGUCUUCUCGAGUUAUUCAAGAAGCAGCUCACUGCUAGCAAACUUAUCUUCCACAUCCUGUUUUGGGGAAUCCACUGGUUCUUCUUCGCCUUCGGAUGGUACAAGCAGGAUGCCGAUCCCAAGUUGGCAGCCCUGAAUACACUGAAGUACUCCGUGUGGUUCUCUCGAGGUGCUGGUUUGGUUUUGGCGAUUGACGGGACGUUGAUUUUACUACCAGUUUGCCGAACAAUAGUGCGAUGGGUACGGCCGAAGAUCAGGUGGCUACCUCUCGAUGAGAACAUCUGGUUUCAUCGUCAGGUCGCGUACGCUAUGCUGAUGUUUACUGUCAUUCACGUUGCUUCUCACUAUGUCAACUUCUACAACGUGGAGAAGACGCAAAUUCGACCCGUCACCGCAAUUGAGAUUCACUAUACCCAAGCUGGUGGUGUCACAGGCCAUGUCAUGCUCCUUUGCAUGCUGUUGAUGUAUACUACCGCGCACCACCGCAUCCGCCAGCAAUCAUUCGAGACCUUCUGGUAUACGCAUCAUCUGUUCAUCCCGUUCUUCCUUGGACUUUACACUCACGCUGUUGGAUGCUUCGUCCGUGACUCCGCCAAUGCGUUUUCGCCAUUUGCUGGUGAAAUCUUCUGGGAGCAUUGCAUUGGUUAUCAGGGAUGGCGAUGGGAGUUGUUCGCGGGAGGCUUUUACCUGAUCGAGCGUCUUUACCGUGAAAUUCGUGCCAAGCGUACCACUAAGAUUACUCGAGUGGUCCGCCACCCUUACGAUGUCGUGGAAAUCCAGUUCGAAAAGCCCUCUUUCAAAUACAAGGCUGGCCAAUGGCUUUUCCUCCAAGUUCCCUCCGUCUCCAGUUACCAAUGGCAUCCUUUCACGAUCACGUCUUGCCCGUACGAUCCGUAUGUUUCGGUCCAUGUUCGACAAGUCGGUGAUUUUACUAGGGCGUUGGGUGACGCAGUCGGUGCUGGUGGAGCGCAGUCCAAGCUUUACGAAGGUGUCGACCCCAUGGGAAUGUAUGAAGUUGCUCUGCAGAAUGGACAACAAAUGCCUAGUCUUCGAAUCGAUGGACCCUAUGGUGCCCCAGCCGAAGAUGUAUUCGAGAACGAAAUCGCAGUGCUCAUCGGUACCGGUAUUGGUGUUACGCCAUGGGCGUCUAUCUUGAAGAACAUCUGGCACUUGAGAAACAGCCCGAACCCGCCCAGGCGUCUGCGUCGUGUUGAGUUUAUUUGGGUAUGCAAGGACACAGGCUCGUUCGAAUGGUUCCAAACACUACUGUCGUCCCUCGAGUCUCAAAGUAACGACGCGGCUCGUAUUCCCGGCAGCAAUGGUGUAGAGUUCUUGAAGAUUCACACCUAUCUAACCCAGAAACUCGAUAUGGACACCACCCAAAACAUCGUCCUCAACAGUGUCGGUUCCGAAGUCGAUCCCCUGACUGAACUCAAGUCGCGUACAAACUUCGGCCGACCCAACUUCCAGCGAAUGUUCGAGGCAAUGCGGGAUGGUAUCAUGGACCGAACGUACAUUAACGGUCUUGAGGGCAGCAUGCAGACUACGGUCGGUGUAUACUUCUGCGGUCCUACGGCAGCUGCUCGCUCCAUUCAUAAGGCAGCCAAUGUAGCAACAUCUAGGGAAGUGCGCUUCCGGUUCUGGAAGGAGCAUUUCUAG